GGGAGGCGGAGGCAAAUCACAUGGUUAGCAGCAGGCGGAGCUGUCAUGUGAUGGUCACAUGACCCUACACUGGGUUGGCACUGCAGCUGGUUUGGGGUUCUUUUCCUGAUCCGGCCCCGGCAUGAGACCCCACGGGCAGGGAAUUGCUGCGCUUGUGGCGCUCUUGCUGCAAGUCAUCGCUAAGAGCACGGGGCAGUCUGGGAACAGAGCGCCGGCGGAGCUGUGCGGGCACAAUUGGGACGCCCUUGAUACUGAUAAAAAUGUACUCUACAAAAUCAAUGUCUGUGCUAACUUACCUGCAACAGAAUGCGGAGGAAAGGAAACUGCAAUUUGUGCACUUGAUUUAACCAAAAAUACCUCUCAACAAGUUGGUUUGUCUGGAGAUUCUUCUGCGCAGAUUAGUAAAAAUCUACUGUUGUUUAACGCAACACAACAAUGCUCAGGCUCCGAACACCAUGUCCAAAGCAGCAUCAACUUGAUCUGCGGAAAAACAUUGGGCACCCCUGAAUUUGUUACCUCAACAGACUGUGUGCAUUAUUUUGAGUGGAGAACAUUUACUGCUUGCAAGAAGGACAUCUUUAAACCCAUCAAAGAGGUUCCAUGUUACGUCUUUGAUAAUGACCUGAAGAAACAUGAUUUAAACCCCUUAAUUAAACUAUCUGGUGGGUACCUGGUGGAUGAUUCGGAUCCUGAUACAGACCUGUUCAUUAAUGUUUGUAGGAACAUAGGCACUUCUGAUAAAGAGACCUCUGCUUGUCCUUCUGGGAGUGCUGCAUGCUUGCUGAAAGGCGGAAAAGCUUACAAUGUUGGUCAGCCAAAGACUGCUCUUAGUUCUCCUGCUAAUGAAAGGCUUGUAAUCAGUUAUGAAACAGACGACAAAGCAGAAAUACCAGACUUUUGCAAUGGCCACACUCCUGCUGUCUCUAUAACAUUUAUCUGUCCUUCAGCUAGGACUGAGGGAUCAAGCCCCAAACUUACAGCAAACACAAAUUGUCGGUAUGAAAUAGAAUGGGUUACAGAGUAUGCCUGCCACAGGGAUUAUCUGGAAAGUAACAGCUGUAACUUGACAAGCAAACAACAUGAUAUUUCUGUUGACUUGUCGCCACUUAUGCAAAAAGAGGGUACACCCUACCAGGCUGCAGAUCCAAGUGGUGGAUACAAUUAUUACCUGAAUGUUUGCGGUGCAGUCAAAGGAAGUCCAUGCAGUGGAGAUUUCUCUUCCUGCCAAUCCAAAUCAAACAAUCAGAAUAAAGGAGCAGGUUCCUACCAGAAUCAAACUCUCAGAUAUUCAGAUGGGGACCUUACUUUGACUUAUCCUGGUGGCGAUAAAUGCAGUUCUGGCUUUGAAAGAAUGACUGUUAUUAACUUUGAAUGCAAUGAAACUGCGGUGAAUAAUGGCCAAGGGGUGCCAGAGUACAAUGCAGAAGCAGACUGUACGUACUUCUUCACUUGGGAAACAAAGUAUGCCUGCAUCAAGGAAAAAGAAGAUCUACUCUGCCGCGUCACAGACAAUCGAAAACGAUAUGAUUUGUCCACCCUGACUCGCAUCUCAGAAUCGGACACAAGUGUUGCUGGGAACUGGGAGGCUGUAGAUGCGGAUCCUACAGCUGUAAACAAGAACCGUUUUUUCAUCAAUGUAUGUCAUAAAGUUCUCCAGCAGGGAGAGGCAGCGGGAUGUGAGGAAGAUGCAGCAAUAUGUGCCCUUUAUUCCAACAAAACCAAAAAUUUUGGGAAAUUUAUGUCUCCUCCAAAAAAAGUUGGCGAUAAUAUCCAGCUGACAUAUUCUGAAGGAGCACCGUGCGGUGAUGGCGAACGCAUUCGGACCAUCAUCACAUUUGUGUGCAAGCCAGGAGAUAUGGAGAGCCCCCCUGUGCUGAAGAGCUCAAAUAAAGAUGGCUGCGUGUAUGAGUUUGAGUGGCACACUGCUGGAGCCUGUGUAUUGUCCAAGGCCGAAGGGGACAACUGCAAAGUUUUUGAUGCUCAGGCAGGGUAUUCCUAUGACCUCUCACCUUUGACCAAAAAAAGUGGCAGCUACCAUGUUUCCUUGGAUGAUUAUAAUUAUGAUAUCAAUGUGUGUGGAAAUAUAACAGAAUCAAAAUGUGGAGACAAUGCAGGAGUGUGUCAAGUAGCAAAAAGCAAUAGUGAUCACUGGAAUCUUGGUAUCCGUAACUCCAAGCUAUCUUACUAUGAUGGAAUCCUCCAACUGCACUACACCAAUGGGACACCUUACCAGGAUCCAGGGAAAACUCCUCGCUCCUCGCUUAUAACAUUCUUAUGUGACAGGCAAGCAGAUAUUGGUCAACCGGAAUAUCAGAAAGAAGAUGAUCACACAUAUAAUUUUAAGUGGUACACAAAAUAUGCUUGUCCGGCUGUGCCAGUGGAAUGCGCUGUGGUGGAUAAAAGAACAUCAGAACAAUAUGACCUAUCCAGAUUAACAAAGCCAGAAGAAGAGCAUGUAGUAAACUGGUAUGCAAUGGACAGAUCAACAGAAACACGUAGAAAAUACUACAUCAAUGUGUGCCGAUCCCUUGUCCCUGUGCCAGGGUGUGAUCGCUUUGCUUCGGUUUGCCAAACUGAGCCUAACUCACAGUUUGGUUAUGAAGUUGCAACUAUCAGCAACUUGGGAGUUGCAAGCACCCCACCUGCCAUAAUAGACAGCGGCAAACUGAUUCUUGAAUAUACAAAUGGCUCGGAAUGUACCGAUAGUUCUGGUGCGAAGACAACCUAUACAACAAGGAUACAUCUAUCAUGUGCAAAGGGUGUUUUAUACAGCAGUCCAAGGUUUCUUUCAAAUGAAGAUUGUAUAUUAACGUUUGUGUGGGGCACAGAAGCAGCUUGUCCCAUAACCACAGAAAAAGGAAAUGAGACUUGCACUGUGAAAGAUCCAAACAGUGGCUUCAUUUUCAAUCUCAAGUCAUUAAGCAAUGAUACCGGAUACAGUGCCUCUGGUAAUGGGAAAACAUUCAAGGUGAAUAUUUGUGGUCCUGUGAAAGAUUGUGGUUCUGUUAACAAUAAAGAGGCUGCAGGGUGUGAAUAUGAUGGUGGAGUUGUACACAGUCCGGUACUACUAGACACAUCUUUGCAGCUCUCCACUGAAGGUUACAUCACACUAACGUACCGUGGCAAAGCCGAGUCAGAACCACAAGAUGCCUUUAUAAUCCAUUUUGCAUGCGACGAUGAUUAUUAUCCUGGUGAACUUUCAUUCCUUCGCGAGGAGAUAAAUUCAGCGACAAAACUCCACGAUGUACAUUUUGAGUUUAAAACUGCUCUUGCCUGUGCACCUGCACCUGUGGACUGCCAGGUUACAGAUCCUACUGGAAAUGAAUAUGAUCUAAGUGGCCUGAGCCGGGAUAGAGAACCAUGGGUAGCAGUUGAUUCAGCAACCAAAGCAAAUAAUAGAACUUUUUAUUUAAAUGUCUGUAAACCUCUCCCAUUUAUUAAAGGCUGCCCAGGUGGAGCAAUAGGAUCCUGCAUGAGCACAGCAGACAACAAAUAUCGGAAUAUUGGCUUUGUCCAGAUAAGCCCUCUGGCUUCAGCGGAUGGAUCUCUUACUGUUGUUUACAUGAACGGUGAUAUAUGUCAUGACAAAGAGCGUUUCUCUACAAGAAUCAUCUUUCAAUGUGAUCAUAAUAUAGGAUCGCCUGUGUUCCAGCAGCAAGAUGGAUGUGAAUUUGUCUUCUUGUGGCGAACUCCUGAAGCCUGUCCUGUAGUAAGAGCACAAGGUGACAACUGUCAAGUAAGGGAUCCAAAGUAUGGUUAUAUGUACAAUCUUAUGCCACUAGGAGAGAAGGACACUGUAAUAAAAGCAGAUGACUAUGAGUACACCUUCAGGGUCUGUGGCAAAAUCUCUCCAUCUGUGUGUCCCAGCGCACAAAAUGUUUCUUCCUGUCAAGUUAAGGGCACAAGUGUCAAGGUUGCAGGUUUGGUCAACCAAAAACUCAUUUUUGAAAAUGGAUUGAUUAUGAUAAACUACACAGAUGGGGAACGUUGUCACAACAUAUAUAAUCGGUCUACUGUCAUCCUUUUUAUUUGUGAACGCAGUGAACGACUGCCUUACUUUCUGAGGGAAACCGCAGAGUGCUCAUAUGUGUUUGAAUGGCCUACACCACUUGCGUGCCAACCUUCCAAACUUAUCGACUGCUCUUACAAAGACACAGCUGGAAAUUCCUAUGACCUUUCACCACUGUCAAUGUUCAGUGAAAACUGGGAGGCAGUUGUUCCUGGGUCUACACAAAAGUACCGGCUGAAUGUGUGCAAAUCUUUAGUGCAUGAGACAGGACCUGCUUCAUGUGAAAAGGAUGCUGCUGCCUGCUUUUUGGACGGAACCAAAGCCAUUAAUGUUGGUGAACUUACCAGUAGCCCGAAAUGGGAAAAUGGAACCUCCAUCCUUGAGUAUAAAAAUGGUGAUUUGUGCUCAGAUGGUAUUCGGAAAAGGAUGACAACAAUACGAUUCAAGUGUGACAAAAACAAAGUACAUAGCAGACCACAGUUAAUCUCAGCCUUGCAGGAAUGUGAUUAUCAGUUUUUUUGGAACACUGCCUCAGCCUGCCCCCUGAAUAUCUCUGUGCAAGACCAUUGCGCUGUUACAAACCCUGCCACAGGUCACCUGUUCAAUUUGUCAUUGUUAACCAAUGCUGAAGGGUACAGUUUUCAAGUUGGCAAGAGGUCUGUUAAGUUAAAUAUCUGCAGUGAAUUGAAGAAUACAUGUGCUCCAGGAGCUGGAGUGUGCAUCUCAGAAGGUGGCAAAACCUUUAGUGCUGGCAAAUCACAGACUCGGCUCACAUAUAUGGAUCAGGUUGUGAGCCUUGUUUAUGAGGAUGGUGAUCUAUGCAGUAUUAGCAAUCGAAAGCAUAGAAGUGUUUUUAGCUUUGUGUGUGGCACCAACUCUGAGACAUCUAGCCACCCGACUCUAGUGUCAUUUGAUGAAAAGACCUGCACAUGGUACUUUGCUUGGCACACGUCAAUCAUCUGUGAAGAGGAGCCAAAAUGCUUUGUGAACAAUGGUACAUCCCUUAUUGACCUGACUCCUCUGAUCAAGCACGCUGGCUAUUAUGAAGCCGUGGAUGGUACAGCUUUGGGUAACAUGGCUGAUUUUUACAUCAACAUCUGUGAGCCAUUAAACCCAGUUGUGGAUGUGAAGUGCCCUCCUGGAGCAGCUGUGUGUCUGGACCCUACAAACGGAGACCCACUUGAUAUUGGGCGUGCACAUGGUCCUCCUGUGAUAAACCCUGUAAUCCAAAAGGUUAUGCUCCUGAUGGACAGUCCAACUCCGUGUGCAACUGACAAGCAGCAGAACUACUCCUCCGUCAUCAUCUUCCACUGUACUACGGGAACUGAUCUGGGAACACCAAAGUUGGUGGAGGUGUCAGACUGCAAAUAUAUAUUUGAAUGGGGCACGCCAGUAGUCUGUCCAGAUGAAGAGGAAAUUGCUGAUUGCACCUUGACUGAUAAACAGCUUCAGUAUACAUUUAAUUUGUCUAGUCUCUCCACAGGCUCAUUCAAGACCCCUGAUGCUAAGCCCUAUUAUAUAGGAGUGUGCGCAGCAGCAAGUGUACCAGGUGGUAAAUGCAAUGGAGCUGUGUGCAGUGGGUCUGGAAGCAGUGCAAUUUCUUUUGGCAGUGCCAUGAAAAUGAAAAUGAAUUAUCUCCAUGAAGAUGAGACACUGGUAGUCCAGUAUGCUGAUGGAGAUGUGUGCCCAGAUAAAUCAAAAAGAGAAUCCACCAUUUUAUUCAAAUGUGACGAGCAGGCGGGAAUAGGGAGUCCAGUGUUAUUUAGUGAAACUAGAGGCUGCUCUGCUACAUUUGAAUGGAAAACUAAACUGGUCUGUCUGCCAAGAAAACUGGAUUGCAAGUUUGUACAACAUCACAAGACGUAUGACCUCAGGAUGCUUUCCUCCAUGACAGGAUCCUGGAGCUUUGUUCAUGGAGGCAGCUCUUACUACUUAAACCUGUGCCAGAGUGUACACCAGGGGCCUCCGGGAUGUUCCGACAGCACCAGUGUUUGCAUUAAAAGCUCUAAUGGAAAUGUUCACAACUUGGGUCAAGUUCAUACACAGACUGUUACUGUGAAAGAGAAUUCUGUGUUCGUGAAAUAUUCCAACGGGGAUACCUGUGCAAACAACAGAAAGUUUUCCACCACCAUUGAGCUGAAAUGUUUUACUACAGUGGGUGUACCAACUCUUGAUAGAUACGAUACCAGCCUGUGUGAAUAUCACUUUAUAUGGAACACUCGAGCAGCUUGUGGCAAUAUUCCAAAACCCGUGGAAAUGAAAAAUGGCAUAUUAAGCCUUGAUGAUGGUGUUAAUGUCAAUUUAACUGAUAUUUAUUUCAAAUCAUAUAAUGCAAGUGGUGAUAUCCGAUCAAAUGGACAAGACCAGUAUGUCUAUGAAAUCCAAUUAUCUGGCAAAGCAGAUUCCCAGUACCAGAAAUGUAAAGAUGCCAGUGUAUGUCAAAUAAAGCUGAAAGGGGAUUUCACCAGAGCAGUUGGUUCUGUUAAAAAUGUCAAGUAUUACAUUAAUGAUGAUGAUUUGGACGCCGUGUUUACUUCUGACUCUCAGUGCGGCAAAGAUAAAUCAAAAAAUACUACGGCCACCAUCUUGUUCUACUGCAGUCAGAUUGUCGGGGAGGGAAGGCCGGAAUUCUUCCACGAAACAACCGAUUGUCAAUACCUGUUUACCUGGUAUACUUCUGCUGUCUGCCCUUUGGUGCCUAGUGGGAAUCCAGGCAGUGACGAUGGCGGCAACGAGCAGAACUACCAAGGCCUGUCUGGCCGGAGCCAAGCUGUAGGUGCUAUUCUCAGCAUACUGCUGGUGGUUCUUGUUAUAUGCCUGGGGGUGCUUUUGCUGUACAAGAAAGAAAGAAGGGAAAGUGUGAUGUUCAAGAUAACCAACUGCUGUAGAAGAAGUUCUGCUGUAUCCUACAAAUAUACCAAGAUCAACACCGAAGAAGAAGCAGAUGACAAUGAGAACGAGUGGCUAAUGGAAGAGGUGUCCACAGGCAAUAAUGCAAAACCACGUCAAGAGAAUGGUCACAUUAAGUCUGUAAAGCCCGGGACCUUCACCUCACUUCAUGUGGAUGACCUGGACAGUGAGGAUGAAGUCUUAACUGUGCCAGAAGUCAGAAUUCAGGCUGCAAGGAGCAAAGAGAGGAAUGCAAGUCAGGCACAAAGAGGCUACAGUUCCGCAAUUGACGAGAAAUUAAUGGGCGUACAAAACGGAGCACGAGAAAACCCAAUGAAAGCCAAGUCUGGUCACCAUAAAAAAGAGAAGCCUAACAUCCUUUCAUUCCACGAUGACAGCGAUGAAGACAUGCUGAAUGUGUAGCACCUGUGUGUUCUCUCACUCCCCAUUACUCUUUGUGCCUAAGAAAAUAUUGUUGGAACAGACAAAGCUACUGCAACCAAAUAUGAAUGACUUGACCCAAUGUGGUAUUUCAUUACGUUUUCCUCCUUGGAGGGGCAUUUUGGCAACACAAACUGAAAUAAAAACAAAAAGUGCAAGGAAGAAGAAGAAGGGAAGUGGCCUUUUUGGCAGUUUACAGUGAUGAUAAUGUACAAAUUUAGUGCACCGUGGGUUGCUGGGAACUUCAGCGCAUUUUGGGAAUCGUAACCUGAGAUUCCUGUGCUAUCUAUGGGAGCUGAUUAUCUUCUUGCUUUGUAUGUUGCACUUUGUAAUCAAUGAAAUGCAAAGAGACUUGAAUUAUUGGAUCCUCUGGCAGCGGUGAUAGAAAAGAGACCACUGGCAUCAUCACUAUUUAUUCGCUUGAACUACAUCUCAGGUUGGCUGAAUAAACAGCAUCAAGUUCUUCCUGCCGGCAGGGUAUAAUAAUAAUAAUAAUCAUCCAAUCAUUGAUGGAGCAGAGAAAUGCACUCCUCUUCGGUCACAACCAUUAGGUACUUGGCCUGUUCGCUUCUUUGGUUAAUUUCUUUUUAAUUUCUUUUCCAGAGCAUUAUAUGAAGGACUGUCAUGAAUAUCAUGUUUUCUGUAGUUAUAUAUCAUAGGUAUGAAACCUGCUGCUGUCUGUGCACGACAUAAAAUUGUAUUGCUCUGUAUGUGUUUGGGGUGUAGAGGUCACUUGCACUUGAUUGAAUCAGUACAUCAAAAUGCAGUUUUAAUAUAAAAGAAACCUAUUGAAGUCCAUGUGAGAUUUCAUCUUGAUCCUCACUUGGGACAGAUCUAGUAAAUAUCAUUAUUCUGAAUCUAAGUCCAAGAGAGAGGCCUUAAACUGCACAUCCUCCAGUAUUUAUAGGCAGUGAGCAAAUACAGCUAGCAAUCAUCUUCACAAAACCGGCUCAGGCCAACUUGGGUGCUUCCAUUUUCUUUUUGCUGAACAGCAACGUAACCAAGGAGAAUCCAUGUUUAGCUGUAUUCUGGGGGUGAAGUGGCCACAGUAUAGUAUUGGCACUUUAAAUAUUUCCUUAAAGGUAUUAAAUAGUGAUAGGAGAGUAAAGCUUGACGUAAAUGGAAUCUUUAUAAAUUGGUGUCAGGACAUACGCUUGGUGUGCCACAUUCACUGGCUUCAGUUUGUCUCUAUCCAUCAGACAUGAACAUCUUUAUAGUGAAGCAAACGCAGUGGCACUGAAUUUUUGGGUGCAGCAAUUCCACGAGCGGAAGGAAUCCAUUUUCUCUUGCACUUUUUACUAUCUGGUGACAGGCCUAUUCCAUAGCCUGCAGGGUUGUUAGCAAAAGCUUCUCCAGCCAAAAGGGCUGGGAAAUACAAAGGUCUGGGAUGUCUUUAACCUCAAGAACUACUUGUAUUUUACCAUGAGGUCUCUUUAAAUGAAGCCAUGAGGUCCCUUUAAAUAAAACAGAUAACACUCCCUUUUAUCUUUGGCUGUGAGCAGCAUCCUCAGCCACUUUGCAUUUACGCUUAGCAAGAACGAUGGUUGUUGUCGUUUAUAGCAGCCAGGCAACUAUAGUCUUUUUGACAGCUCUGUUUUUAAUGCAGCAUAUGCAGAAAUACCAAAUAAUGUCUUCUCCCACUACUGAUAGUUUUAAUAUCCGCAGCUGCAAUACAGUGAUUUUUAUGAACUUUUUUAUUUUAUUUUUUUUUCUCACUUCUGCAAGAGCCAAACAUCCUUAUAAAUAAAUAAGUGACCUCCUUAUUAUAAAGCUUGUUAAUGUAUUGGAGUAAAUACAGAGGGUUAUUGGACAAUCAGGCAAUAAACCCUAGGGGUGGCUCUAGGUAUAAGGGGGGUGGUUUUGGUUCUAGACAUUCUUUAUUGCAUACGAACUUGAGCUUCUGGGGGGGGGGGGUGUUCUCAAUAGUAUUUAGUUGGCCAUAGACUUGUUUGGCGAGGUACCCAUAUGAGCAGAUCUCUGCCAGAUUUAGACACCCAUGUUGCAGGGUCAAGUCAAACAGUUGCGGAGCACAUCCAACACACCAACGGUUGGAUUUCUGCAUUUCUGGGGGCCCAGUUAGUAGCUAAUAUUGGUCAGUGUAUGUUCAGAAUGAGACUAAAGAGUAGUAUGUGGUGGAUGGCAAUAUUAGGUUCAGUUCUGCUUUAGCGCAUGGAGAGGGUAUAGUUACCCUUUGUGUCUUCUGAUGUAGCCAGACAAUCAGUGGCACCCUUCAGUUAUCUUUUCUGCCCUCACCACCCACAAAUAAUGCUGAUUUGCCAACCAGUAGAGCAUGUGACUGGCAGAGCAGUAAAGCAGCAAAGUAGCAGCCACACAGCUAGUAACACUGCUAGUAUCAUUUCUAGUAACACUGCUAGUAUCAUUUCUAGUAACACUGCUAGUAUCAUUUCUAGUAACACUGCUAGUAACAUUGUUAGUAACACUGCUAGUAUCAUUUCUAGUAACACUGCUAGGAACACAGCUAAUAACACUGCUAGUAACAUUGUUAGUAACACUGCGAGUAUCAUUUCUAGUAACACAGCUAGUAACACUGCUAGUAACAUUGUUAGUAACAGUGCUAGUAACAUUGCUGGGUGUUAUUCUGAGACACCAGUAUCCAGAUGGGGGUGGGUACAUACUGUAGUUUGGAAGGGUAACUUACAAUGACCCCCCGCCUCGUGUUUCCCCCAGUGUACUUCCUCUAAAAUACAUUUGCUACUCUACUUGGAAAAUUGAAUUCCUGUGCCACAGACAAUCCUGCUAAAGGGAGGGUUCAUUUAAUAGCUAUUUUAAAGCAAAGCGUUUUUCCUUUUUUAACUGCGGUGCCAAUGUUCAGAGUGGUGUGAAUAGAGUAGCAAAGUCUGUAUCUUGCAAUUGAGAGUACACAUGCCAUCCCUAUAGCUAUUUGGACCUCUUUUUUUCCUUUUAAUAAGCAAAAACAGGUGCAGAUGGGGGGGGGGAAAUGUAGACGACAUUUGCACUAGCAACAUAUAACGUGUUACUCUGCAUUCACACCUCUAUAUACCUUGCCCGAUGAAUGUUUAUUUAUAAGGAGGUUUGGUCUAGUUCAUAUGCAGAUACACUGACUGGAUCUUCCCUUUAAUGCUUGCCUAUAAGAAUUCCUUCUGCGGGGUUCCAUACUAGCCAAUCAUCCUGCUCUCUGCGUUUUUUUGUAUACGGCCUCUUCAAGGGAUGAUCAGCCGUAGGUUAUUUGUGGUACGUGUUUCCCUGCGAAGUUAAUGUAAAGGUCCUGUAAAGCUGAGAUGUUGUAGCGCAGAUUGAGCCUCAGUUCAGGUACUUCCCGUGUGAUUUGUAAAUUUUUGCUGAUUCUCUCGGUUGAUUGGUACAUGAAGCUUUUUUUAAUUUGUGAUCCUCUUGUAAUAUAAAAGUACUGAACAAAUAAAAAAGAUAAGUUAUAA